AUGAUUGCGAGUUUUUGGAGAGCGUCGAGGACGGUGGCCCGUCCUGGGGUCGCUGCUGAGACUGGUGUGAGGCAGGCCAUGGGCCGUUGGAUGGCAAAGGAAGGAGCGGUGAGAUUCUACUCGCUGGCCCCGCCGUCGGAUCUGGGCGAUUAUGAGAAGGAUAUUUACAAGAAACUGGUCGAAUCGCUGGAUCCUGAGGAGCUCAUGGUUAAAGAUGUGUCGGGCGGGUGUGGGUCUAUGUUCGCCAUUUCGAUUGUGUCGAAGAAGUUCGACGGUAUGAAUAUGGUCAAACAGCACCGUCUGGUGAACGAGGUGCUCGCCGACGAUAUCAAACAGUGGCACGGUCUGCAACUGCGGACAAAGAAGGCGUGA